CUCUCUCUCUCUCUCAUUUGCUUUCUUCUCAAGCAAAAGAGAAAGAAAAUGGGUGCUCUUGAUUACCUCUCCAACUUUUGCACUGUCACCAGCACAAGGAGCAAGCGCAAACCAAUGCAGACCGUUGAAAUUAAAGUCAAAAUGGAUUGUGAUGGCUGUGAGAGGAGAGUUAAAAAUGCAGUUACUUCCAUGAAAGGUGUAAAAUCUGUGGAGGUGAACCGAAAGCAACACCGGGUAACAGUCAGUGGCUAUGUGGAACCAAAUAAGGUGUUGAAGAGAGUAAAGAGUACUGGCAAGAGAGCUGAAUUUUGGCCUUACAUUCCCCAACAUCUAGUAUACUAUCCUUAUGCAUCUGGAGCCUAUGACAAAAGGGCACCAUCCGGCUACGUCAGAAACGUUGUGCAAGCUGCUUUACCGGCUUCGAAUGGCGCGCCUGAGGAGAACAUUGUCUCAUUAUUCAGUGAUGAUAAUGUGAAUGCAUGUUCCAUCAUGUAA